AGCGCGUUGUGCUCUGCCUCUUAAUUCGAUUUAAAUAAUUUCGGCCUGUGGAGCUUCGCGUGUUUGGUGCACUGACAUUGCAUUGGCCAGAAGGUCUAACUGACAGUCUAUGGCUGUAAAAUUGGAUACAAUUAAGAACAAUGGCACUUCUUCCAGGCUACAACAAUUGCAGCUCACAUUGAAAGAACGGCGUGCUUCCUGUACCCCUCUGCAUUUCGCCCAAGGAGUUUUUCGCUUAGCAUCAGUGUAGCAUCGGGUGGAGAGAGCAGCACAAAUGAAAAAUCAUGCAGCAAACAUUGUCCUAUUCAUCAUCGCCAUCACCAACACUCAUCUCGACAAUAGCCCAGCCAAUAAGGUCACCCACGGACACAGACACAGCCGCAGCUACGCCAGCCAUCAUAUCCGUGGACUUUAGCUACGAUCCCAGUCGCAUAAUGUCCCCAUCUGCACAGAGCAAUGUCAGCUAUAAGCGCAGCUCAGAGAUCGUCUCAGAGACGCUCUACAUGGAGAAGACGUCCGCGAGUAAUCAGCCGUACAGCAGCCUAUUUGGUGAUCCAGUGCCCCCACCGCAGCCCGAGGAUUAUUUUGGCACGGCCGCCUUUGAGACCAUACGUGCCGGAUCUAUGGACAUGCCCAGUUCCGAGGAGGAUACACUUGUGGCUGCCGUUGCCCUCAACACCCUCAUGGGCCACCACGAGGGUGGACGCCGGCUCUUCUCCAAUGUGCCCUACAGCAGAGCUCAGGCUCAAUCCAUACCACGUCUGCAACCGCCCGACAUUCAAAUACUACCCAAUUCGAGUGGUGGCUCCAGCUCCGAGCAGCUUGACUCCCCGAAUUUUAUGUUACUCGCACCGCAGGACAUAGUCAACAAGCCGGAUGUUUAUGAAUGUGAAUAUGAGCAGGCAGCACAAGCUCCGGAUAAUACAUUCGACGAGCUGGAAUCACAGACCGAGCACAGACCUAUAUCGGGCUCGUAUGCGAGCAGUGGCCUGGAUUGGUACCGUCCAACAGCUCAGCACUUCGCAGAGUUCAGUCGCAUACCAAAGCUACGGCCAAGCUCCAAAAUGGUGAUGUCCAUGAAGCACGAGGAGAUGCCGCUGUCGCCCCUGGCCACAAUGCUGCAGGACUCGAAUGGUUCGAGCAGCGGCGGCGAGGAACAAUUGUUAAACAAUCAAGGACAGCAAAUGCGCGAAUGUUCACCGAUGACAAGCACAACUCCCACCAUGGACAGGAAUCUCAUACUAUCGCCAAAGCAAUAUCUGCAGCAACAGCAACAGGAGCUGCUGCUCCAUGAACGACAGCUACUGGAGACCAUGCGAGCAUACGGCCUGGAGACGCCACGAACACCCAGUGUGCAUCACAGUCAGCCGCCUCCAGCUGAAUCCAGCAUUGAUAUCUCGCCUACGGAGGAGCAACCGCAAUCACAGACUUUGUCACCAGUGGUUUUCAAGGACUCGGUCUCAACGGGCGGUGAAUAUCGCGUGGGUGAUACUCGCCUGCACAAGAAGUCCUCCUUCACCAUACUCUCGUUGCGCUCACCUAAAACCUCGCUCAGCCACAGUCCCAGUGCCACGCCUGUGGCGCCGCGUCGAACACGAGUGCCCGCAGCUCGACAUCCCUCCCUACAGUCAACCACUACCUCCUCCAAUACAGCCCAGCCGCAGGUGAGGCCGCGGCGCAAGUCGCUGACUGCAUCUCGCUUACCGCAACUGCCGACAAGCGCUCACACGCCCAACAGCCAGCUGGCCAUUGAUGACUCGCCACGCCCCUCUGUGCAAUUUAACAUGAGCGGGCGUUACAGUCCAAGCAAAUUGGCCAUGCCCACCAAGGGCAUACUGCAGCAGAGAGAUUCGUUGACCUCAUCGGUGGACACGUAUACGCCACGUGUGCAGCGUCGUGGUUCCAUGAAUAUGGGCUCAUCUCCGUUUGGCCAGCGGAUCAAGAGUCUGGAAGCGUUGCCCUUAAUAACGGAUCCAUAUCGCAGCGGUAUACCCCGACUGCAUAGAUCUUCCAUGGAACUGGAUAAAGAACCUUCGAUUAUACCACCGGGUACACUGCCGCGUCCUUUAAAGCCAAACCCGAACCCAACACGCAAGCAGCGUGGACUGCUUGGAGUUAUAAAUAAGGCAGACGACUUCCCUCGCAACCCACCCAGCUCGAAUUGGUUAAGUUUGGAUGACCUGACGAUUGGUACACAUCUUGCGAAGUCUGCGUUUGAUCCAAUGCGCAUCCAGGCGAGACGACGUUCAAGUUCCACAUCGCCAGAGCGCCGCAGCUCCACGCAAACCGCUUCCGAUCGUCGCAGCUCCAAUCUGAGCAGCAUCACCACCUCCGACUUCAGCUUUCGUCGACCAUCGACGCUAUCAACACUGCCAACCACUGCACAACGUCGCAAUUCCGUCUAUCAACCGCCACGCAAGGAGAAGAGCCCAAGACGUCAACCCUUUGCCAGCAAGGACUUAAAGCGUGCCAAGAUUGCCAAGCCAAGCACUCUAUCGCCCAUUAUAGGUACGCCAAACAAGGAUAGCGGCAAGGAUAGUCCACUGCAUGGGGAUGCUUAUGAGGCUGCUCACCGGGAUACGCCUUCUGAGUUGUCGAUGCGUCGUGAUUCCAUGUCACGCAUACCAGUGCGCAGUCGCCAGGAUUCAUAUCCAAACAGUCGCUCCAAUUCACCACUUAAGGACUUUGCCAAUUUGUCCAGCUUGUCCGGCCGCAACUCCCAGGCGAGCAACAGUCGGUCACCUUCGCAGGCCACGAUUCGCAGUAGCAUUGACAACCAGGGUGCGACGCAUGUCGACAGCAGAUUGACGCCCACUCGCUUCAAUGGCAGUCGUCCAGUUUCCCGAGGGCCACCUUCCAGGCCCUCCUCACGCAUAGCCCAAACUAAGGAUACUUCUCAGGCCAACUCUCGGGGCAACUCACGGGCUAACUCGCGGGCAGAUUCUCAGGUCAACUCUCGGGCCAACUCUAGGGCAGAUUCCCAGGCCAACUCUCGUGCUAACUCUCGACUGAGCGUGCGUUCAUCCUUACGUGCAACAAGCAUUUCACCAGCGACUUCAUUCCGCAAUGAUCGACAAGCUGAUACCACACCUAAUCGCAGAAAAUCCAUUUCUACGAGUCCUAAACGCCAAACAAUAAAAGGAAUGGCUGCGCGCAGAAUGUCACUGAGUCCAGCGGCCAAGCAGGCAAAACCUUCGCCAAGACGUGAAAGCAAUAAGACGCCCUCAAGUAGUCAACGUAGGAAUUCCCGCUCACGCAUACCAACAAGCACAAGCGUUAGUCGGAAUGCCUCCAAGUCCAGUUCUCCAUCCAAGAAGCAGGCAGACAAGCCCUCUGAUAAAUCAGGAGCGUCAAAGGGCAAAAAGCCAGCACAAGUACUGUCCAAAAGCAGCCCCAAGGCAAAGUCAAGCAAAGCUGAAAGUGCCAAAAAGAAGACCUCGUCAAUAAGUAAGCCCGAGUUGGGUGUCAAGCGUAACGGAGGUAAAGUCCUGGCGAAAUCCACACCCAAAAACCAAGCAACCAAGCCAAAAACUCCUGCUAAGCCGCAGAAACAGGAACCAGGACAAAACAGCGGUAAAACAGAGAAACCUGCCACCAAAACAAAUGGAGCUAGCGGCUUACCCAAGCCCCUAGCCCGCACUGGAUCCCAGCUGAACAAUAAGAAACCUAACGAAAGUCCAUCCACGAAAUCGAAGCAAAAAGAGUCGCCGGAAAAAGUGGAGGCUACUGCUGCUACUGCUGCUGCUAAGGACAUCGCGGCGGACAGCAUGAAGCCGCUAGCAAUGCAUGUGGGCAACGCAGUAAAUGCAGCGGCAGACGCGCUGCCCGCUGUCCGCAGCGAAGUGAAUGCGACUCCAGCCAAAAGCAGCGCCGUCAAGCGACAAGGUUCAAACACGUCCACACUGAUCCGCAUGAGCUCGCGACUCAGUAUGAUAAGCAACAAGAAGCGAGGCGAUUCUGCACAGAAUCGCAAAGUGGCAACGGUACCGGAACUGACUACGGAAGUCGAGGCAUCUAACAGCCAGGCGGAUCCACUGGCCGGCAGUGAUAGCUUGGGUCCGACUGCAACAAGUUCGGAUGCCCUAGAGGCCACACAGAAGUCCAGCGCAGCGGCCACCACCGAGGCACACAAAACAGUUAAUGAACAUUUAAUUGACCAUAAAACGCACGAAAACGAAUCAGGACUUGCCCCAGUUACUGGUGCCUCGCCCACCCCAAGUGGAGUCACAAUGCUGGCCAAGUCACACGACGCCGCCCCGCGCCUGGACACAGCCGAUGGCAGCAAUGCCCAGCGCAGCUCCCCCUCCGAGACACAAAAGUCCCCCCUGCCACCAACGCAGCCCAUUGAAGCAUCCAUUUCCGUGCUGAAUGCAAUCGAUGCGGACGCGGCCAGCGCUCAGACCACUGCACACGGCGUCUCGGCCAAGCCAGAAGCCGACUGUGAUAAAUCCAAUUUGCAGGAGGAACGCGCCGUCAACUUUGAACACGCAACAUCUGCGGCUGGUCAUGGCGACGAUUUUCCAGUGGAUGACAAAAGACUUUCACCCGACGGACAGGGUGGCUCGACAGCAGGCAGCGGGGGAAUUGCCAAAACCAGCAGUCAGGAGUUCCUCAAGGAGGAUGUGGCCAAAGGUGGCUGCUGCCGCUGCUGCACCACGCUUUGCAUGCGAUUCCGUCGCUCCCGCUGCAUGCGCUGCUGCGGUAUGCGGAAGGAGCGCCUACAUGACGCCACUGAAGAGCAGCCUGUACUCUCGAGUGCCCGGAGCAGUGCCUCAACCACAACAACCCAGCUGGAGAUAAUUGAUGAGUCCAAACACGCGAAGAAGUCGCGCUGUUGGCCAACAUCAAAUUGCUGCAAGAGCUGCCGCAAAAAGCCAAAACCAACUGCGAGUUCAGAGGAGAAAGAGACCAAAAUGAGCGUGGAGCCAAUGCAUCAAUCCACUUCCAUGCGACCAAAGCAGCAGCACCACCAGCAGCAGCAGCAGCAGAGCAAGUGUGGUCUGUGCCUGAGAAAGGUUUUCUGCUGUCGCUCCGUUAACAAAGUCGAUCCCGUAACCGGCGACGAGACGGAGCUAAGGAAAUGCUGCUUUUGCAUACCCUGCCGGCGGCAGAGAGCGGCCGCCGCAGAACCCAAAGUGGCAUGGCGGGAUCAGGAUCCGGAGCUGGGCAUAGCUGCUACAGAUGCAGCCGUACUGGAGGGCUCUUCAGUGGCGCCGUCAACAGCGACAGUGGCCGAGGACGUCACCAAGAUGAGUUGCUGCAGGCGUUUUUGGCUUAUGCUGCUCUGCUGCCGCAAGAAACCGCGCCGCGGCUCCGAUGCACGCCGACAAAGUAUUAAAGCGCCACCAGCCAGUGAAGAAACGCGUCGCAAGCUGCAUAAUGAUCUGGUGGAGUAUACUUCCAAGAUGAAAGGUGCCAUACCCGUGCUGCCGCUUUACCUCGCCUGGUUUUGCGCCUUUUGCAAUGUCAUCUUUCCGGGCUUAGGCACCCUGCUCUCUGGACUAUUCUGCUUGUGUGUGGGAAUUCCACGUUUCUCGCAGUUCGACAGCGCGCAUGCCCGUAUCGGAUCCUUUAUCAUAAAUAUUAUUGUCGCAGUGUCACAAUUCUUCUGUGUGCUCUUCUGCUUUGUCGGUUGGGGCUGGUCAAUCUGGUGGGGCACCAUUAUGCUGAAGUGUGCAAGGAAACUGAGCAAAAUCAAAAAGGUGGAGCGUCUCGAACUGGAGGAGGAACAGCGCCAGGCUGAACUGGCGGCCGCUGCGACCGUUGCGGUACGUGGCGAGACGGAGCCGGCAAAGACUUAAAGGCCUUGAAAUACCAAAACCCAAAUCCAUUUGGGUAUAACAAAAAAAGUAGCUUCCACAUACUACAUACACACACUUCCAAUUAAACUUCCUAGACAAAGUGAGAUGGAUGUGGAUAAUCCUUUUGGGAAUAUAGAAAAAUCGUCAAACUUCCAGUGAAAAGUGGCGAAGGUACAGGGGAGAUAAACUAAAUUCACUUCCAUAUGUACAUAUAUACAUAUAUGUAUAAAUAAGUAUUUAUAUAAACUUUUGCAAAUAAGUGACCUUAAACAUAGUCAUUUAAAAAACUUGAACCCAAUAUCAAAUUGGG